AUGGGUGGUGGUCAAAAUGGUGUAGAAAUUCCUGUCACAACGGAAAAAGUGACAAAUGGCACAAAAUCCUCCGCAAAUGGUGGCGGCAAGGCAAUCAUCAAGGAAAAUGUAAAUGGUACCAUCGUUAUACCUAGCGCUAACAUGAAUAUUCCAGCACAAUUUGAAGCAAAUGGUGAAAUUAUUGAUCCUCAUUGUGAUCCCAAGAAACCACAAAAGAUUUCAUUCCAUGACAUCACAUCGGCGGCAUUUUUAAUUAAGGAUGGUAUUGAAAGAACGCCAUGUCCGCGUUCAACCACCUCAGAUUCAUAUGGCAUGGAUUUAUAUUUGAAAAAGGAUUUUCUGCAAUACACAGGAAGUUUCAAAGAACGUGGUGCCCGCUAUGCUUUAUUAUCUCUAUCGGAUGAACAAAAGAAAAUCGGUGUUAUAUCAGCCUCAUUGGGUAAUCAUGCUCAGGCUCUCAGUUAUCAUGGCUGGAAAUUGAAUAUCCCCGUCACGGUGGUUAUGCCCAAAGCUGCACCGAUUAUGAAAAUUCAGAAAUGCCGCAACUACAAAGCCAAUGUUAUUGUCGAGGGUAAAGAUAUGGGUGAGGCCAAGGCAUUGGCCAUGAAAAUGGCCAAAGAACAGAAGAUGUUGUACAUCAAUGGCUACGAUCAUCCACACAUUAUGGCCGGACAGGGUACUAUUGGUUUGGAAAUUUUAGAACAAGUACCAAAUCCAGAUGCCGUGAUAAUUCCAGUGGGUGGUGGUGGCCUUAUUGCUGGUAUUGCAACGGCUGUUAAGGCCCUGUCGCCAAAAACUAAAAUUAUUGGUGUCGAAUCAGCCAAAUGCCCUAGUUUCUCUAAUGCCAUGGAAAAUAAUGGUCCAAUUCACACGCCCAUUAAAAAUACCUUGGCCGAUGGCUUGGCUGUACCCAAGGUGGGUUAUAAUGCUUUCGUCACAGCUCUGCCAUUGAUUGAUAAAAUGGUUGUCGUCAAAGAGGAGUGGAUUGCUUUGGCCAUUCUUCGUUUGGUCGAGGAGGAGAAAUGUGUGGUGGAGGGUGCUGGCGCAUCAGGUUUGGCAGCCAUUUUGGCUGGCCAUCUGCCGGAAUUGAAGGGAAAGAAGGUCGUCAUCCUGCUGUGCGGUGGUAAUAUCGAUACCACAGUCUUUGGUCGCUGUUUGGAGCGUGGCUUGGCCGCCGAAGGUCGUUUGGUUAAAUUCAAUGUUGAGGUAUCCGAUCGUCCCGGUGGCAUUCAUGAGUUGUGUGAAAUUCUCUCGGAUCUUGGUGUAUCCAUUAAGGAUAUUAUGCAUGAACGUGCCUGGCUGAAGGAUAUCUACACUGUGGAGGUGAAAGUAAUUUGUGAGACGAGAGAUUGGGCCCAUAGCACAGAAUUGAAAGAAGAACUGAAGCGACAUUAUACAAAAGUACAAUUCUCUGAGGAACCAUUGGCCAUACAUGAACAGAUGAUUAACCAAGGCAAGAAAUAG